UCUCAAGGGUAAGGGGGAAGGGGGAAGAUGAAGGAAAGAAAGGAAUCAUAAGAUCAAAGCGGAAGGGUCCUAUAAUUUCUUACAAUAGUCCAACUACCAUUACCUCUACUGGCAGUAACUAAAAAGAGAAGAGGGAAAAGAGAAAGGGAGAAAAAAAACUAGAAAGUGCAUCAUUGAAGAAGGGAAGGGUUUUAAUACAAGUAUGCAACAGGGAGGGUCCCAAUAUGGGAAGUCAUCGGAGAUGACGCCUUUCACUGGAGCUGGCAAUCCAACCCACUUGGUCGGAGGUGGAGUUCCCGGAAGCUCCGACCACUUACAGCAGCAGCAAAAGAAAUCGGGGGAUGCUGUGUUGGUGGUUGAAGCAGCGUCACCCAUCAGUAGCCUACCACCUGCAGCUGCCCGUUCAUCGGGGAAUUUCGAGGAAUUGGCCGGUCCAGUGUCUGGUGGGUUUACUGACGACGAUGCCCUUGCUGGGGAGGAAAUGGAACGAGGAAUGACCGGCGGAAACAGGUGGCCACGUCAAGAGACUCUAGCCCUUUUGAAGAUUAGAUCGGAGAUGGAUGCUGCCUUCCGUGAUGCCACUCUCAAAGGUCCUCUCUGGGAAGAUAUCUCCAGGAAACUAGCAGAGUUGAGUUACGUCAGAAGUGCCAAGAAAUGCAAGGAGAAGUUCGAGAACGUCCACAAAUACUAUAAGAGAACCAAGGAAGGUCGUGCUGCCCGUCAAGACGGCAAGAGUUAUAGAUUUUUCAGUCAGCUCGAGGCUCUCUACGGUGGCAGCAGCAACACGGGUGCCAACCCCAUCAUUCCUACCCCUAAGUCGACCCGGGCCCCAGCACCCACGGCCACUACCCUUCACCCCAUCAUCGCCAUCACGACCAACCCAGUUGCCGCUCCUUCAAUUGGGAUUGGAAGCAAACACCCAAUGUCCGGCAGUUCUUCUGGAAGAAUGCAACCUACUACCGCAACAACUAUUGCUACUAGUAAUACAACUGGUACAGUAUCAACUACAACAGCUGCCGCCACGAACCAGAGCGGAGAUCCUCGUUUCGGGCCUGAUACUAACGCUCGAAUGAUCCAAGACCCUGGGACCGGGAUAAGUGGUUCUGCCACGGUCACCACUACCAUCCCAGCAGGUAUCACCUUCUCCUCCAACACCACCUCUUCCUCCUCAUCUUCGUCUUCUUCAGAUUCCGAGGACUACUACGAUGACGACGACUUGGAAGGGGUGCCCUCCAACACAGCUAGCCGCAAACGGAAAAGAAGGUCGUCAGGAGGAGGCAGUGACAGCCGCAAGAUGAUGUCAUUCUUUGAAGGAUUGAUGCAACAAGUGAUGGAGAAGCAGGAGGCCAUGCAGCAAAGGUUCCUUGAGACCAUUGAAAAGAGGGAACAAGACAGGAUGAUAAGGGAAGAAGCUUGGAAGCGACAGGAAAUGGCAAGGCUGAGCAGGGAGCACGAGAUCAUGGCUCAAGAGCGCGCCAUCUCCGCUACAAGGGAUGCUGCCAUCAUUGCAUUCCUUCAAAACAUCACUGGUCAGACCAUACAAUUACCGCCACCCAUAAGUAUCCCCGCUGCCCCACCGCCACCAUCACAACAACAAUCGACCGUCAUCACGCCACCUCCUCCACCGCCAGCCCCACCACAACAGCCGCAAUCGCAGCCGCUACAACAAAAACAACAGCAGCACCAGCAUCACCAUCAUCACAAGCCGCAACUUCAUCCAUCAGAAAACACCAAUGAAGUUAUACGGUGUCAUCAACCACCGGCUUCUGCGGAAGUGGCCAUGGCUGUCCCUGAGCAACAGCACCAGCCGCAGCAGCUGCCGGCACAGGAGAUGGUUACUAGUGGAGAUGGGGGAAGCUUCGACCCGACAUCGUCUAGGUGGCCAAAAGCCGAAGUGCAUGCCCUGAUCAAGUUGAGAAGCGGGUUGGAGUCAAGGUACCAAGAGGCUGGGCCAAAGGGCCCUCUGUGGGAAGAGAUAUCUGCAGGGAUGCAGAAGAUGGGUUACAACAGGAGCUCCAAGAGAUGUAAAGAGAAGUGGGAGAACAUCAACAAGUACUUCAAAAAGGUGAAGGAGAGCAACAAAAGACGUCCCGAAGAUGCCAAGACCUGCCCUUACUUCCACCAGCUAGACAUGCUCUAUCAGAAGAAGAUGCUUGGAGGCAGCGGCGGUGCUAGCGGCUUUGGAAUCCAGAGCAGGCCAGAACAGCAACAAGAUACCGUGGGCCCAAGCCCAACCACAACGACAAAACUUUCCGGAAGAAGCGAUGUCCUUGCAAUAAUGCCGCCGUCCCCACCACCACCACUAACAGCCCAAACAUCCACCGAUGCAGAAACCAAGAACCCCAAUAACAAAAUUGAUGCAAAUACCAAGGUGCAGACCAGUAACGGAGCGUUUACAGUGCCGAGCUUAUUUGAAGAAGGUGGUAAUAGUGUUGGAGGGGUGGCACCAGCGGCAUUAGUGAAGAAGCCAGAAGACACUAUGAGGGAGCUGAUGGAGCAGCAACGGCACCAACAGUCGGUGAUAAAUGGCUACGAUAAGAUGGAGGAUGCUGACAGUGACAAUCUAGAUCAAGAGGACAACGAAGACGAGGAUGAAGAUGACGAUGAAGAUGAAGAGGCAGAAGAAGAGAGGAAGCUGGCCUACAAGAUGCAGUACCAGCAGCAUAACGCCAACUCCUCCAAUGGGGGAGGUAAUGCGGCAAGUUCUUUCUUGGCCAUGGUUCAAUAGAUAUGUUGUUCCAUGUUGGUUUGGUGGAUUGAGUUUCUGAUCCAGCUUCCUCCUCCCUCAAAAGAGAAAUGUACCAUAUGUACUUAAUGUGUCUAGGAGCAAACAAAAAGAAGCUAGAAGAUAAGAAUCCUACGAUUGAAGCUAGAUGAGGAUUCAACCUCCCUCCCUGCUAUAUCAUCUUCUCCAUUCUUCUUCACUGAAAGUAGAGGGUUUAAGAAAUAAUUACGAGAUGCGGAACCCUGGAUGUUGGAGGCUUCAAUCGCUUUUGCUCUUUUAUUGAUGGAUUUGUUGUUGAAUAAGGAUUCCGUUCCAAACUGAAA